AUGGGGGUCAUUCCAUACCAAAUCAUCAGAAAUUUUAGAAAAUUUUAACCCUACCCCUCAGAAUAGCCUCAAAUUUGGUUUACUGAUAAAGAUCUAUGAGUUAGAGAAGAAUGUCAAAAAUUUUUGAGAAAUUCCAUCUAGUUUGGGUUUUAUGGACCAUUUAAUUUUUUGAAAAUACCCCCCAAAAAGCUUAGGGUUAGCGAUGACAUCUUUGAUCCACAAGUUAAAGUUAUUUUAAACCUCACUGGAAAGAGAUACAUGGAGGAAAACAAGCACUAAAGUAUUUUCAGGCAUGUAGAAUUCAAAAAUAACACUUAGAAAGUCAUAUCUAGCACCAGGACAAUGCCACCUUACAAUAAACUGAUGUAGGUUUCUGGCAAAAUAUUUUGGUGGUGGUCAAAAAUUGAUUUUUUUCCCCAAGAGGCAUACCUUUUACAAACUUUUUUAUUAUGUUUCCAAAAUCUACAUAAAACAAUCAUGUAGUAGACCAAAAGGUAGCUUGGGGUCUUAACUCCUUCCUACUCAAAUUGGGUUGGAAAAUCUGACCAUUUUUCGAAUUCGCAACCUUCUGUGUAAUGGUUUCUAUAACACUACCCAUCCUUGCAGAGUACAUGUAUCAUUAGAAUUUAGCUUGAAAUCACAAAUAUUGGCUUUUAUCAUAUUAUAUAGCAAAUUUCUUCAAAGUUUUAUUAAUUGUUUGAAAAAUUAUGUUUGGUAAAAACGUCACUGAGCAUGCUCCAGUAGAUUAUUCCCACAAGUGGUGCAAAGGAUGCUUUGGUACAUACUAGCAAUCAAAUGAAAAUCAGUUGUCUGUAGGACCUGAAGUUAUCACAAAACUUCUAGAAGACAUCAACAAUAAGGUAAGCAAACUUAAAGGGAAUAUGCACUGGUAAAUAUAGCAAAUAUUGACAAAUUUUGCUUAGUUGACUGAUAACUAGAAAAUCAAGAAUUUCUUAAUUUAUUUUCAGGUUCUUUACGAUUAAUAAAGAUGGAACUUGUGAAGUCAGCACAGCGACUCCAAUUGCAUUUAAUUCCUGGAAAAAAGUUAUGUCCCACAUGCCGCAAAAAACUAUCAGCCAUUGAGGCAAGUCGGAAUGAUAGCACAGAGGAAGACUCCAGUGACGAAAUGCUGUUUCGCGUGAUGAAGAUAGGGAUCAGUUGCAGGAUUUGUUUUCCUCCAUUGGAGUGUCCCCAAUAAAGGUACAUGGGAAGCCGGAAACAGCCAGAAUUAGCAGCAACAAAAGGAAGAUCGGUAGUGUUGUAGAAACCAUUACAAAGAAGGUUGCGAGUUCGAUCAAUGUUCCCGUUGAACAACUUAAAUCCUCCCCGGAUGCAAAAAGCGACAAAGCUCUUUUAGAAAAAGCAAGAUGUUUUGAUGAAAUGAUGAGUCGUCUUCGUGAAAAGAUCUUUUCCUUGACAUCAUCGAGGGCAAAACUUCAAAUCUUGACCUUGUGUCCAUCAAACUGGACAGUCAAACAGUGUGCUGAAUAUUUUAAAGUUUCAGAGUAUCUUGUACGUACUGCUCGAAAACUUGCAAAUGAAAAAGGCAUUCUGUCACUUCCAGACCCCAAAAUGGGUAGAGGGCUCUCCCAAGUUACUAGAGAUUUGGUACUCCAAUUUUACCAUGACGAAGAGCACACCAGGGAAAUGCCAGGUCAAAAAGAUUUUGUAAGCAUUGGUCGCAAUAUACAUAAACAAAAGCGACUUAUUCUUUGUAACUUAAAGGAACUAUUUAGCUCUUUCAGGGAAAAGUUCCCAGAAGUAAAGAUAGGGUUUUCGAAAUUUUGUUCUCUGAGACCCAAGUGGUGCAUUUUGCCAGGUGCUGCUGGAACACAUUCAGUAUGUGUUUGUAUCAUACAUCAAAAUGCCAAGCUACUUCUUUCUCCUACUGGGGCUAAUUACAAAGAAUUAACAAAGUUUUUGGUUUGUGACAUUGAUAACGAAGAGUGCAUGGUACAACGUUGUCCAAAUUGUCCAAAGUCAACAGAAAUUUUCCAGCACAAGUUGUACAAAAUUUUAGAAAAUGAGGGAUAUGCUGAGGAUGACACCAUUGAAUUUCAGCAGUGGACAAAUACUGACCGUGCAACAAUGGUAAGACAAACAGAGUAUGUAUACAAUUAUGUGGACAUUGUUGAGACCCAACUUCAGAAGCUCACUUCUCAUUCAUUUAUCGCCAAGGCUCAGAGCAGAUAUCUGAAGUCCAGAAAAGCUGAUAUGGAUUCUUCCACUGCAUUAAUACUAGGUGAUUUUGCCGAAAAUUAUAAGUUUAUGGUGCAAGAUGAAGUUCAGGGCUUUCACUGGAAUAACUGUUCAUGCACUCUUCAUCCUGUUGUGGUAUACUACAAGGAAGGCUCUGAAUUACAGCAUAUGUCCUUUUGUAUCAUCACAGAUGACUUGAGCCAUGAUGUUCCAACUGUCUAUGAAGUCCAAAGGGCAGUUCUGAAUUUUAUAAAAAGGAAAAUUGUUCACCUAACCAGUGUCAAAUAUUUCUCAGACGGGUGCAGUGGGCAAUACAAAAACAGAAAAAACUUUCUGAAUCUUUCCUACCAUGAGCAAGAUCACUCUUUGAAAGCAUCAUGGACCUUCUUUGCCACCAGUCAUGGGAAGCAGCCAUGUGAUGGCAUUGGAGGGACGGUAAAGGGGCUUGUUUCUAGGGAAAGUUUAAAGAGAGUUUUUGACAAGCAAAUUCUCUCUACAUCAGCAAUGUUCUAUUGCAAGGAGAACAUAAAGGAAAUUAAUUUUUUCUUUAUAACAAAAGAGCAAAUAAGUGUGACAAGAAAUGCCCUUAAUAAAAGAUUGGAAGGAACUGUCCCUGUUCCGGGAACAAGAAGCUUCCACCAAUUUGACCAUAUUGGUGGCACAAAAUUAGCCGUAAAGAGAUGCAGUGAAGACCAGACCUACGUUCUACAACAUGAUGUUUUGGGUCAAACAAAUAUCGCAAUGCUUGACUUUGAAAUAUUUCAAUAUGUUGCAUGUAUGUAUAAAGGGAAAUGGUAUGUUGGAAUUGUAAUGGAAGUAAACCAAGAACUAAAUGACAUUUAUGUUAAAUUUAUGCACCCAAGUGGGCCAGCAAGGUCCUUCAAUUGGCCCAAUGUUGAAGAUUGUACCUGGAUUCCAAUGGUACAUGUUCUCUGCAAGAUUGGUGUUCCAACAACAGUGAAUGGAAGACAGUACAAUUUAGAAAAGAAAGAUGUUUCAAACAUAGCUAAACUUUUUACUACUUUUCAGAAUUAAAUUUUCAGUUUAUGUUUUGAAACAUUUUCCAUGCCAGCACCAAGAUAGAUCAUAAUUUGUCCUUUACAUGACAUCACCAGCUGUACUCUGCACUGUCAUCUUUAAAAGCACAUUAAAACAGACAAUUAUAACAUUGCACAUGUGAAUUGAAAAUAUAAUUUUGGGAAAAUGUUGCGUGCAUGCAGGCAUUUGAUAUGAAAAAUGGUCAGAUUUUCCAACCCAAUUUGAGUAGGAAGGAGUUAAGACCCCAAGCUACCUUUUGGUCUACUACAUGAUUGUUCUAUGUAGAUUUUGGAAACAUAAUAAAAAAGUUUGUAAAAGGUAUGCCUCUUGGGGAAAAAAUCAAUUUUUGACCACCACCAAAAUAUUUUGCCAGAAACCUACAUCAGUUUAUUGUAAGGUGGCAUUGUCCUGGUGCUAGAUAUGACUUUCUAAGUGUUAUUUUUGAAUUCUACAUGCCUGAAAAUACUUUAGUGCUUGUUUUCCUCCAUGUAUCUCUUUCCAGUGAGGUUUAAAAUAACUUUAACUUGUGCAUCAAAGAUGUCAUCGCUAACCCUAAGCUUUUUGGGGGGUAUUUUCAAAAAAUUAAAUGGUCCAUAAAACCCAAACUAGAUGGAAUUUCUCAAAAUUUUUCGACAUUCUUCUCUAGCUCAUAGAUCUUUAU